GCUAGCACGACCUUCGGGAAAAAGAAUCCCAACGGCUCUCCUCAGCAUGCGCUGGCUUCCAGACCAAACAUGUUACCGUUAUGUGGGCCCCUUGUGAGUCUCCCCAGAAUAUAUGGCCGUUGCUCAGCUCACCAAACCACCCACGCAUUGAAAUUAAGUGAUCUCUUUCAUUCUUCAGUUGCAUUCAAGUCAAGAUGACUGUGGAGGUUAAAGCCGAGGAAACCCAGGUGGCCGAAGUUGUUGACUCGGAGCAACCACACGCAAUGGAGGAUUUAAAGGUGGAAGAAUCGAAGGCGAGGGCAGUCGAGAAGAGUUCUUCCUUCAAGGAGGAGAGCAACUUUCUCUCUGAUCUGAAAGAGCAUGAGAAGAAGGCCCUGAACGAGCUCAAAUCCAAGCUCGAAGAGGCCAUUAUCGGAGACAAUCUCUUCAAGAAAGAGCAGCACCAAGAGAAGGAGAAAACUGUGCCAGAAGAGACGGCAAAAGAAGAGGACAACCCUGUGAAGGAAAAGGAUGAAGAAGAACAGGAGAAACCAGCCCAAGAAAGUGAAGAAGAAGAAGCUGUUGAAUCUGUAAAAGGCCUCGAAAGUGGUGAAGUUGACAAGGAUGUUUCGCUUUGGGGAAUACCCCUUUUGCCUAGCAAGGGUUCCGAGCGUUUAGAUGUGCUUCUCCUGAAGUUUUUGAGGGCUAGGGACUUCAAGGUGAAUGAUGCAUACCAGAUGCUCGAGAAAACACUUCAAUGGAGGAAGGACUUCAAGGCUGAUUCAAUCUUGGAUGAGGAUUUGGGCGCUGAUCUGGCCCCAGUUGGCUAUAUGAGCGGCAUUGAUCGCGAAGGCCACCCCAUCUGUUACAACAUUUUUGGGGCACUAGGUAGUGAGGAGCUCUACCAGAAGGUAUUCGGGAGCCAGGAGAAGCGCGAGCUGUUCUUGAGAUGGAGGUUCCAGUUGAUGGAGAAGGGUAUCCAGAAGCUUGAUUUCAAGCCCGGUGGUAUAAAUUCGUUGCUUCAGAUCAAUGAUCUCAAGAACGCGCCGGGCCCAUCGAAGAAGGAGCUGAGGGCAGCCACAAAGCAAGCUGUUGGGCUUCUCCAGGACAACUACCCUGAAUUUGUGGCAAGAAAUAUAUUCAUCAAUGUCCCUUUCUGGUACUACGCCUUCAAUGCCCUGUUAUCUCCUUUCAUAACGCAAAGAACCAAGAGCAAAUUUGUGGUUGCUCGCCCCGGGAAGGUCACCGAGACCCUGCUCAAGUACAUCCCAGUGGAGGAAAUUCUCAUCAAAUAUGGUGGCCUCAAAAGGGACAACGACUUUGAGUUCUCACUGGAAGAUGGCAAAGCCACGGAACUUGUCAUCAAGGGCGGAUCAAAAGACACCAUUGAAAUACCCACAGCAGAGGUUGGAAGCAAAUUCAUCUGGGAUCUCACAGUUUUGGGCUGGGAAGUGACCUACAAGGAGGAAUUUGUCCCCAGCGAUGAGGGCUCUUACACCAUCAUUGUUCAGAAGGUGAAGAAGAUGAACUGCAAUGAAGAAGCGGUUCGCAACAGUUUCAGGAACAAUGAACCUGGGAAAAUUGUGCUGACAAUUGGGAAUCCAUCCAGCAAGAAGAAGAAGGUUUUCUACCGAUACAAGACCCAGAAAAGUGUCUGCUUCUGAAAGAUACAUAUAUUGAUUAUAUAUUUGUGCUACAUAUACAUUCAAUACUGUUUAUAGCUGUUCUUCAAGUUUGGAUUGAGAGAGUGUGCUAGGUGAAGAGUGAGCAGCUCACUAUUUUAUGUUGGAUUUUUUAUUUCUUGAGAUUCAUUCUUUGGGGACAUAAUGAUCAUUCUUUUAUUGAUUUGCAUGCAACAUUUUUUGUAAUCAGUUUUCCAACAUGC